GCAGGAGGGCACAUUGCUGGUAUAUUUCCAGUCCCGCAGCAGGCGUGAAUAGAUGAUGAUGUAUCCGUGUGGAUUUGAGCUCACAGACUUCACUGGCUCCGCCGAAUGGUUAAAUUAAGCAGUUUGGAUGGAAGAACUGACAGACAGACUGAAGCAGCAGGUUGAGGAAGCAAGUGCAAGAUAUCUGCAUGGUAUGUGUGUGUGUGUGUGUGUGUGUGUGUGCGUUUGUAUUCAUGACAUCUCAGGACAAUUUUAUGAUAACACACCUUCACAAUGAGGACCUGUGGAAAAAUGAGGACAUUUUUCGCGUCCUCAUAUUUCCACGCAGUCUACACUACUCUAGAGCUCACGAGGAUACUCCCACACCAAAAAUAAGUGAUGUCCUGAAAGAGCACAAUUUUCAGAAAUUGUGUGUUUAAGUGUGUUUAACUUUCGACUCACUUUUCAUUUGGAAAACUAGUGGCCAACUUCGGUACUUAACACACUUUUAACACACUUUCAGUGACGUCAUUGUGCAGGACCUCAAAUGUCAUCUUUUUCGGACUGACUCACACAUUUUCCCCGCCCUCGUCCUGAUAAGUCACAUCAAUUAGCAGUGACACAAAAUCCAACAUGUGAAGCAGCCAGACAAUCCUACUCUCAAACACGACCACGCAUGGAUGACCAUCGGGUAAGCAAUUCCUUUUCGUUUAUCUUAUCGUAACAUAGAAGUUGUUUAAUAUAACCGUGUUUAACAGUGCCCACCAAAGGUAAUAUCAUUCAAUAAGACAGCUAGCUAGCUAGCUAGCUCGAUCGUUAGCAUGCUAAUAAGCUUCCAGUAAAAGUAAUGUGGACAUGUCCUGCAGGCAAGGUUCUGGAAAACUUUUCUAAAUAUUUAACAACACAGUCUGUGGAACUUGGUUUUGGUGCCAUAUGUUUAUUUCAGUGCAGUAUUUGUUUUAUUCGAUUGCAGUUAAUUUAAAUUAGUUAGUACAGGUAGCCUAAUGAAAGUGGGCCAGGCACUUCUAGCAUUUACGCUAAGCCCGGUGUAUUUACACUGUUUAUUCUUGUGCUGAUUCAAUUGUACACCGUUUCAAUGAAAAAACAAACAAACGUUUGCGAUGAAAUUAUAGCAGAAUUCAGCUUUGUUGGUACAUUUGGUCAAGACAAUAUUGUGUUACUCUAUUUUAAUUUUACAUUGUUAUCUGCCUGACAAAUGGUUUGCCCGAAUCUAUUAGUCUGACCAGCAAAUGUUUGAUGAAUUGAAUUUUUGUAUUUUUGAGGAAGAAAAUAAUAUUCCUUUGGCUCAGUACUUUCUGAGCCAAAAUAAGUGCUGCCAUAAUAUUGUGCUUGCUUGUCUGGCUGACUUCUUCUCACUUUCCAUUGUAGAUGUUUACUGGUGGUGAUAAUCUCACAAAGAAGAACCAGACUGAGCCCUGAAUCUGAGGCUGCUCCUUUUAUCUGGAGUCAACAAGCCUUGUUUGAAAGCCCAGUGGAUCAAUGAUUAUAAAGACACCAAGUGAAAGGUACCUGAUUGAACCCUCUGGAGACCAAGAAUGGAGUGAGAGAUCCACUUCAUCCUUACAACAGACAUCAAGUGACAGGUACCUGACUGAACCCUCUGGAAACCAAGAAUGGAGUGAGAGAUCCACUUCAUCCUUACAACAGACACCAAGUGAAAGGUACCUGACUGAACCCUCUGGAGACCAAGAAUGGAGUGAGAGAUCCACUUCAUCCUUACAACAGACACCAAGUGACCUGACUGAACCCUCUGGAGACCAUGAAUGGAGUGAGAGAUCCACUUCAUUCUUACAACAGACAUCAAGUGACAGGUACCUGACUGAACCCUCUGGAAACCAAGAAUGGAGUGAGAGAUCCACUUCAUCCUUACAACAGACACCAAGUGACCUGACUGAACCCUCUGGAGACCAUGAAUGGAAUGAGAGAUAAAUUCUCAAAAUUCUCAAAUUUUCAAAAUUCUCAUUAUUUCCUGGAAUAUCUUAUUUUGAUUAUUUUAUUUUUCCAUUUUAAAUAAAUAAUGC